AAAAACCACCGCGCGCAGCGGUAUUUGUUGAAAAGUAUUCAUGGUAUUUGCCACCAGUACGGGCUGUUAUCACGCAUUAAACCAGGGCUUUGGCCGAGUCGUUAAUCCUUGUGUGUAGGAUCCGUGGUGUGGGUGACCUUGCAAGUGCAGAACGUGACCCCUGUAUGGAUAAUGCACUUAGUAUAUGGAAUCACAAUGGAUCAUAUACGGGUCACGCACUGCACUGGGCGGUGAGGUUACACAUGUGGUUGUGGGGAUACAGUGAACCAUGCAAUAUACAUUUACGUAUGCGUGGGCUUUAUGUACAUGUACUGUUCAGCACAUAUUGGGGCAAUAUUUGUACAUGUACAUGGACGUUUUAUGUCGGAUUGAUUUUGGCCCCCUGGAUCGUCAUGGAAAAAUAUGUAACUCUCGAGGAAUUUAGGGAAGUUUUGAGCCGACGGUUUUCGGACGAGUUUCCUCGAGUUCUAAGCGAUUACGAAGGAGUGCCUCUAUUCCCAGAAGUAGACGAGGUGGUUAAGGAACUCAAGACGUAUGACGUCAGAGAAGAUGACUGUUGGGUCGUUACAUAUCCCAAAGCAGGUACAACUUGGGUGCAAGAGAUUGUGUCCUGCGUGAUGCAUGACGGGAACCUGGAAGCAGUUAACGGGAGGCAUACCAUAUUCCGUGUGCCGUACAUUGAUCAGACGAUUCCUGCGCGAGCACGACAAUGGAAAAGUAUGCCACCCAUUCCGAAGAUCGUGGCUGAGAUGCCGUCACCCCGGGUCAUUAAGUCGCAUCUACCAGGUCAACUCCUGCCCCCGCAGCUGUGGCAGAAACAUUCCAAGCUUGUCUACGUUAUCCGCGACCCAAAGGACGUGAUUGUGUCCUUCUUCCACUUCGAGAAGAUGUUUGAUCCGGAGAAAGCUGAGAAAUCUUUUGCGGAUCUCUACGAAAGGGCGAUGACCGGGAAAGUUAUGUACGGGGCAUGGUGGGAUCACUAUUUGUACUUUUGGAAGAGAAGACACGAACCGAAUGUUCUCCUGUUGAGAUUCGAAGAUUUGAAGAAAGAUCUGCGAGGUAAUAUCGAGAGGGUCAGUCUGUUUCUGGGCAAGAACCUGUCAGCCGAGAUACUGGAUGCGAUUACGGAGCACUGCACGUUCAGCAACAUGAAGAAGAACCCAAUAAUAAACAUGGACACACUGUACCCGCACAGCAUAAAAACAGGAGGUACCUUUAUGCGAAAAGGCAACGUUGGGGGUUGGAAAGAUUGGUUCACUGUGGCACAGAACGAAGCCAUGGACGCCCUUAUUAAGGACAAGCUGCACGGCACCGGACUCACCUUCGACUAGUCGAGCAAGCUGCGCCCAUUCCCAGCUGAACAUCGUUACACUGACAAACAGCUAUGAGCAAGUGCGAUCAAAACUGUACAGAAUAACAAACAGAAUACAUAAUUCACUAUGAAAUGAUAAUGCAUGUUGUUGAAACGAUUGCUAACAGGUAUAUUUGACCGUUCACAAACCUAUCAUAGACAUGUGCUGUUUUUGUAUGAUCACCACGGGAAGGAAAUUGGGGAUAAGAAGGUUGUGUUUCCCUAAGAAUCGAGUCAUUGGAGCAUGCAAUAGUUGUCAUUCCAGUACCCCUGGGGCGUCGCACAUUUAACAGUAUGGGCGUCCGCUGGGGUGUCAAUGCCAGCCUGCCCACACAAAAAUGACAAAUUGAGAAAAUGCAAGUCAGAGAGCAAGAAGUUUGGGAAAUAGGGGGCCUAAUGCGCAAAUACAAUCUUUAAGACGAUAAAUCUUGCCAUCUUGGUACUGAAGUAUCAAGCACCAAAAAAGUAUAUAGAAAAGUUAUGCCAAAUGCCCCACUUUGCCAUAUUAUCACUAGUGCAAGAUUUCCACGGCAGCAGUGGCAGCUAUGAUGGUCAGUGCAAUGUUCGAUCCAACACUUCAUGCCUUCCGGUAAGAGCUUCCGGCCUUCCGGAGCCCAUGCCAGUCAAGAUUUAUUUUCAGAAAGUUUUUCAAAUAGCGUCUGCGCUUAAAUAGCCGUGGGUCAUCCAGAAACUGGCGUAGGACCUGUUAGCUCAAAGUUGAUUUUCAACUAUAUAUAUUUCAUUGCGAGACCAGUUGGCUCAAAAAUACGAUGCUUAUAAUAUGCGUAAAGACAAAGCGGAAAAAUUGGAUUUUAUUCUUCCUGUUUUGACAUGUGUGGAUUGCAUAUUUGCAUGUCACCUUUAACAGCGGUUCGUUUAAUUGUCUUCAAACGGAGGCGGGUCGGCGUUGCCGGGAUGGACUAGUCUGGCCGCCAGAUACCCGAGACAUGUCACUGACUAGCACUGGCUUUCCUCGUAAAAAUUGUACAGGUCUAUCCCUUUUCAAACGUUUGUACCUAGUUCAUCUAAUUAAACGUUCAUGCAUCCAAGUUGCUAAGGGCCCUAGCCCUCGAGACUUGUAUUUUAAUAAUAUUAAUGUUAGAAUACCCUUUAUCUACUUGCAAAUCGUUAAGGUCAAACAAAACACGAUAAACCAUUGUAAAUCAAACAUUGUGUUCCUCUUUUACCCCACUGGCAAGCAUACAUGUAAUACAUAUUCUAAUCUUAAAUGUAAGCUAAUUCGUUUCAUCACGAAACGGUAAAUCCUUUGUAAUUGCAUUUAUUCUGAACAAGGAAAACGGUUACAUUAUGACAAUGAUCGAAAAAAACAAAUCGGCCCCUGAAGGUUAUAAAUUGUCCUUUCACCAUGCCAUUUGCCGAAGCUAUGUUAUACUUCGUUACAAUACUACUUUUAAUCUUUACCCGUCAUCAUUGCGUGUCUUUGAAAAUUAUCUAUAUAUGCCUACCCUACUAUUGGGUGCCAGGUGUAGGCUGCUGUGCCCACACUUUCACUAAAGCUUUUCUCUCAAGGGGAACAUUUAUUUACGAAAGCGGGAAAGUUUCAUGUAAUUAAAGUACUUGUUUGCCAUUUCUAGUAGUGUCAUGGAUAUGUCUUUGAUGUGUCUGUUGUCAGUUUUGCUGCCAAGUUACUCAAGCCACCAAUAACAACGUGUAUUUAAUGUUGACCCAAUUUUCUAUCAUAUCGCGCAGAGUGUGGAGUUACCUACUCGGAUUAGGGAAAUCCUGGUUUCCAAAGUUCACAAACGAGUGCAAGUGUACAAACCAUGUAAGUCGAUCUAGCUAUUAACAUAAAUGACCCCGUUAUUUGUAAACUUUAUCGCUUACCCGGUUUCAUAAAGUUGCCGUGUUGUUAAGUUCACCUUCUUAUAUUUCUUUCCCUAUAUGCCGAUUGAUCUGAAUGCUCGUGCUGGCUAGUUCGAAAACAAUAGGCAAUAUAGAGGGCGCCCCUGAAUAGACCAAGUUUGGGGAUGAGAACAAUAUAAAAAUAAUCCACUAGUGUGAGAGC